AUGGGUUGUUCACCAAGUGUUUCUUCCGAGCAAUCGGCUCAUCAUAUGAACAAUAUGCGAUCAUCGGGUGAUACAAAAGGCGUGAUUGUUGUAUAUGGUUUGUACCAGUCGAUUGCUACACAACGUGUAUUGGCUACAUUGAUAGAAAAGGGUCUCAAAUAUGAGCUAAAAAUUAUCGAUAUAAGAACUGGUGAAAAUCUAAGUCGAUCAUAUUUGGAAAAACAACCGUUUGGUGGUAUUCCUGCACUUGUCGAUGUUGAUGGCUUUAUAAUCUAUGAAUCUCGAGCAAUCUGUCGAUAUUUAGAAUUGAAUUAUAAAGGCAAAGGCACUGAAUUAAUUCCAAAAAAUAAUGCAAAAACUGAAGCUCUUUUUGAACAAGCUGCAUCAAUUGAAACAUCCUAUUUUGAUCCAUCUGCAACUGAUAUUGUCCAAGAACGUGUAUACAAAAAAAUGCGAGGUGGUGAACCAGACAUGAACAAAGUAGCUGGACUACGACGAAGUUUAGCCGAAAAUUUGGAUGUCUACGAAAAAAUGUUGUCUUCACAACCCUAUCUAGGAGGAAAUACAUUUACUCUUGCGGAUUUAUUCCAUUUGCCAGUGGGUUCAUUUCUUGUCCAAUGCGGAGAAGCUGAAUUAUUCACAUCUCGACCACACGUCAAGCAGUGGUGGAAUAAAAUUUCAACACGAUCAGCGUGGAAAGCUGUACAAGGAAUGGUAUAA